UGUCAACCUUAGAAAUCAGCUGUAAAUUUGGCGUGUGGAAAAAGUUUGCCUGAGGAAAAUCAGAAGUUCAAAACGAAAAUCUCGCCAACAUGAAGGUCAUCUACAACACUCUGUUCAAGCGCACCUCCACCUACGCCGUGGCCAUCAUCGCGUCGGCCUUCUUCUUCGAGCGCGCCAUCGAUGUCACAUCGAACACGAUCUUCGAUACCGUCAACAAAGGCAAACUCUGGAAGGACAUCAAAGCCAAAUACGAAUAAAUCACUAUGAUUCGUUGUAAUUAGCAAUAAUAAUCAACGUUUAUUCUAAACGAAACGAAAACUAAA